AUGGUUUUCUAUGCAUAUGUAAAACAGGUCACAGACAACUCGACCUAUCGAUAUGUGAUCAUCUUCGCUAGCCGCGCAGUUGCCGAUGAGUGGUGGCGUGCCGUGUCCACUUCCACUGUCUCUAGCUUCGUGAACAGUGUUCAGCGUGUCAAUGCCCAGUUCUACACCCAUAACGUGAACCUGGCCAAUGCCGCUAACUCCCUCACCACGAAUGGGGUUGCGACCCAAUUCCUUGGCAAGGUGUUUUUCACUUUGCUGAACGACUUGGGUGGUCGCGGGUCGAGCAUUAUCCCCCCGCUUGAUCACUUUGCAGAUCAUAUUAGCGGGAACUCUUUCUUCAUCCGUUCUAAGGUCGCUCCUCACGACUAUUGGUACUUUCCCAAAUAUAAUGCGACGAACGCGGUCUAUGUGUCGCGCACUGAACGCACUCGCUUCACCAUUAGUCGCACCGACAGUGGUACUGCAGGGACCGUCAUAAUUGGCUCUGACAAGAUCGCCAUCACAUUGACCACUGCCAAUUUGUCCAUUAAUGUCGACACUGUCACUGGUCAAGUAAUUCUUUCACCUGCCCCUCAGUCGGGUUUGACGUUUAGUGCCCUUUUGGGCAACUUCACCGUGGGGCCUUCCUUGAUGAAGAGUGGUGAGAGCGUGAAGGAGCUCCUCUACACAGAACAUGGGGAAGAGUGGGAACUCGCUUGA